GCAUAACCUCAAUAACCUCAAUAAUCUCAAUAAUCUCAAUAUCCUCAAUAUCCUCAAACAUCCAAGCAUUCUACAUCCUCGAGAUAAGCAAGGACAAUAUUGUAUUCAAACUCAUCCAGACCUCAACCUCAACCUCAACCUCAACGUCAACCUCAACCUCAACCUCAACCUCAACCUCAACCUCAACCUCAACCUCAACCUCAACCUCAACCUUAUCGAUCACUACCAAUGACCAACAUGAACUCACCACCAACCCGUUCCAGUGCAUCUGGAGGUGCUUCGGAGAAUCAAGCUGCCCCGGAAUACACUAUCCUCCCGGCAGAUGAAAAUCCAAGAAUGCAGCCAUCGCCGCUUCUAUACACACCCCUUUUCACUGCAACCGCCAAUACUAGUUCCGGCUCAACAGGUUACGAGCUUCGCCUUGCAACUGCAGACGGCAAUCGAGUUUGGCAAGGUCCGAUUUAUAUUUGCGAAAGGGCCGCUACUAUUGAUAUGCCGGAAGCAUUGUGCAGACAGCUCGCCAAUGGUCUUGAAGCUCAAUUCUAUUAUUCUAUAAUUGAUCUCGACGGACAGAUCGUGGGCAGUGGAAGCUUCAAAAAAAUCAUGCCGGUGAUGUGAAGGUUUGGGUGAGGGGCGCGUGAAGGUUGUCUAUUACAUGAUAUGCCAAGGCGAUUAGGGUUUGGGGAAUGUAAUCUCAAUAAUGCAACCUCAGUGCUUCAACUGGGAAC